GAGAGCGAAGGUGACCCGGGCGCCCCUCCCUCCCUGCGUGUUAACCCUUUCCGUGACGAGACAUUCAUUCUGCUUCAGAGACGCUUUGAGGUCACGGAACCGUUUCUACUCGUCUUUGUAGUUGUUGUUUCCGACCCGGACAGGUUCUCUCAGCGGCACGGCGGCGAUGGCAGUGUUUGGGAAGGCACUCCACAGACAGCUAUGUGCGUCUCAGUCUCUCUUCCAGGGGUCCUGGCGUUACGUCAGUUCCUCGUUCAAGGCCUCUUCGCUGGUUCUGGAUCGCUGCCUCACCCCCCGCCCCAAACCGGACCCCAAAUCGCUGGUUUUCGGGAAGCAGUUCUCGGACCACAUGCUGACGGUGUCCUGGAGUGCCGAGAAAGGGUGGGGGAACCCCAAUAUCAAACCUUUCCAGAACCUCUCUCUGCACCCUGCUGCAUCAGCACUGCACUAUUCAAUAGAGUUGUUUGAAGGGAUGAAGGCGUUCCGAGGGGUUGAUGGGAAGAUCCGUCUCUUUCGGCCCAUGUUGAAUAUGGAGAGGAUGCACCGCUCCGCCGAGAGAGCCUGCCUCCCUGCAUUCGAUCAAGCCGAGCUGCUGGAGUGCAUCAGGAAGCUGGUGGAAGUGGACCAGGACUGGGUCCCGCACUCCACCGAGGCCAGCCUCUACAUCCGACCCACCUUCAUCGGCACCGAGCCAUCCCUCGGGGUCUCGAAGGCUAACCACGCUCUCCUCUACGUGAUCAUUGGUCCCGUGGGACCCUACUUCGCGACUGGAGCGUUUAACCCUGUCUCGCUGCUCGCCGACCCCCGAUUCGUCCGCGCCUGGAGGGGCGGAGUCGGGGACUGCAAAAUGGGAGGAAACUACGGUCCCACCAUCUUUGUCCAGAAUGAAGCCACCAAACUGGGCUGUCAACAAGUCCUGUGGCUGUACGGAGAGGACCACGAGAUCACCGAAGUUGGCACCAUGAAUCUGUUCAUCUACUGGGAUAACAAGGAUGGAGUGAGGGAGCUGGUGACCCCUCCUCUGGAUGGUGUGAUUCUCCCAGGAGUGACCAGACAGAGCCUGCUGGACCUGGCCAGGGACUGGGGUGAGUUUCCAGUCUCUGAACGCAGGGUUGUCAUGUCUGAUUUCCUCUCAGCGUUGAAGGAGGGGAGAGUGAAGGAAGUUUUUGGAGCCGGUACUGCCUGCGUGGUCUGUCCCGUGGAGAGAGUGCUCUACAAGGGAGAGAACUAUCAUAUCCCCACUAUGGAGAAUGGACCCGACCUGGCUAAGAGAUUCCACAAGCAGCUCACAGAUAUCCAGUACGGUCGUGCGGAGAGUGAAUGGACGCACCUUGUCGUGUGAUUGGUCCGACAGUCUCCCUCCAGCAGCCAAUCAGGGAGCAGCAGCUAUAUCUCUGGAUUCUGUGUGGGUGGGGGGGCGUGUCUCAGCUAUGCCCCUCCCUCUUUUCUUCCUUCCUGGGUGGUGAUUGGUUCGUGUAGUCUGGGAAUGUUACUAGGCGGUUAGCUCAUAUUAUUAUUAUUAUUAUUAUUAUUAUUAUUAUUAUUAUUAUUAUACUGUAAUAGCGAUAGGAUUUUUAAAGGAGUCUUCACAGCUACAAAUAACAUUUAAGCCACAGAAUAACCUGGUACUAAGGCCAGUGUAUGAGGCCAGGAUUUGAGCCUAAUUCAAUAUUAAGGUCCUGUAUUGAAUAUUAAGGUCCUGUAUUGAAUAUUAUGGUCCUGUAUUGAAUAUUAUGGUCCUGUAUUGAAUAUUAUGGUCCUGUAUUCAAUGUUAAGGCUCUGUAUACAAUAUUAAGGCCCUGUAUUGAAUAUUUAGGCCCUGUUUUCAAUAUUAUUAAGACCAGCGUUUGUAGAUCUCUAUUCUGGCCUUAAUAUCCUGUUUUGUGAAUAUUAUAGAUAGACAUUUAUUCAGUUGAACUGUAAACAUCACAGUAAAAAUGGAUCUGUUUGUAUUAGUUGAAUGGAUGGACAGACAGACAGAUGGAUGGAUGUCUGCAUGUUGUUUGUAGCUGUUUUUAAAUGACUGUUACAUGAGGCAGAGACGCUACGCCCCUGCUAGGGCUGUUAACACUGCGAGUCUCUCAAUAUCGCCCCCUGCUGGCGAGGAGCAAUGCUGGCGAGGAGCGGCUAUUUGAGCGCUCUGUCUCUCUCUCUCUCUUCUCUCCCCUCUCCCCUCCUCUCUCUCUUAUAUAUAAUGGGUCUCUGCAGUGUGUCACUGUGUUCUACAGUACUGUAUAUUUUUAGGAGCAUCGAGCAAAUAAAUCCAAGUGCAGUUUCUCUCUGUGAAGAAUUCUGCAGGAGGGGCGAAUUUGGGGGUCUUAGUAAAGGGUUCCUAAUAAAUUGGCCGGUCCCUCGUUUAUUUCCGUUGGGGGUCGUUGUAGGGGGAGCUCUGUUUGCGCUGCUUUUGUUUAAAAAUAAAAAGGAUUUGCUCUGCA